AUGCCAACGACUCGUUCAGACCAAAGUGUUUCGUCACCUACACUACCUUCGCUUGGGCAUCUCGGACUCGAUUUCUCCAUCUACCUAGAAAGCGACUGUUUCCCUGCAUUGACCGCGGACCACGACGACUCUCUUUCAACCCCCCUACAACCUGACGCAACCCAGCCAGUGGCGCGCACGCGAUCAUCGUUAUCGUCAUCAUCGUCCGGUCUCCUACCCUGGAAUCCUCGAGCCGACUUUGGAAAAGACCACUUGCACAAUAGACACAUGGCGAGCAAAGCAGCUCAGAAGCGGUUAACCCGCGAAUACAAGGCCAUCUCGGAGAACCCGCCACCUUACAUCACAGCCCACCCUUCCGAGUCAAAUAUCCUAGAAUGGCACUACAUUAUUACCGGUCCUGAAGACACACCCUAUCAUGGCGGCCAGUACUGGGGAACUCUAAUAUUCCCUCCCAACUAUCCCUUUGCGCCUCCCGCGAUCCGCAUGCACACUCCAUCAGGACGAUUCUCACCCUCAAGUCGUCUCUGCUUAUCGAUUUCAGACUUCCAUCCCAAGUCUUUUAACCCUGCUUGGGAAGUGUCAACGAUUCUCGUCGGCCUCCUGUCCUUCAUGACCGGCGACGAGAUCACCACCGGUUCCAUUUCCACGACCUCAGCAGAGAAGAGAUACCUCGCCUCACGAACACGCUGGUGGAACUCGUCUGGAGGCGGUUCGCACGCUAAGAAUACUGGGCUAAAGGGCAACAUUAAGGUUGGUGAUGGUGGCGCCAAGUUCCGCAGCGAAUGGGCCGACCUUGACCUCGAGAACUGGGAGUGGAUGAAGACGAACAAGGUCGACACAGCAACUGGCAACCGCUGGGACAGCGAGAACGGGUCAUCGUGCGGACCACAGUUGGGUAUUGCUGGUGGCUCCAGCGGCCACCAAGCACAGGCUGUCGUUGAUGCGGUUGUUCAACAGCGAGAUGCUGGCCGGGGUUGGAUAUAUCGCAACAAGCUUUUGGUGCUGGGCGGUGCGAUAUUCCUUUACGUCCUUAUCGCAAGGCUUGUUAGAGGUGGAGGUAUAGCCUAG